AUGCUCUCCGCUGCCGCCGUCUCAGACCCUGAAACCACCAUUUUCAACACCGCUUCGCUCUCCUCCCUGUUUGAGUCCAAACUUGCGUUCACUGACGUUUCGGGAUCAUCGCCGUCGGCGCAUCACAUUUCACUGGACGAUUCAACGACUGUCAGCAGCAACAGCAACAGCAAUAGCAGCGGCGGCGGCAGCGGCAGCGGCAGCGGCAUCAGCGGCGGUUUUCCCGGCCUGCCCUUGCCUGCAGGAGCCUCGUUUCUUGGCAGCAGCAGCAAUGGGGGCUCGAGCCUGUUCGGUACUCCCGGGGUUAUCGGUAGUAGGCGGAUCUCCCCCACAGAUCUUACCAGCGACUAUCUCGGCGGAGGCCAUUCGUGGCCGCGAAACGGUCCGGUAGGGUUACCAGCAUCGCAAGGCAGCAACAGCUCGAUCAUCGGCGGCGUUGGCAGCCAGGGUAACCCGAUUGUUGGAUUUGGCGACGGUUUUAACGGCGGAUUUAGCGGCGGGUUUGGCGACGCGUUUGGCGGCGGCAACGGUGGCCUGGGGCACGUUGGGAAGGGAGCAGGGUUGGGGAGUGACGGUAUGGGGGAAUCCAUGGUGGCGGGAGGUCUCGCCGCGGUGCACGGCAGUAGCUACGCGGAAGGCUCGUCGUUCAACUCGCACGCCGCGUUUCAGCUGCCGUCGCUUGCAAGGCACCAGCAGCCGCCGCAGCAGCAGCAGCACCCGGGUCAGGAUCUGAUAGCCCAGCAGCAUUUGAAUCUGCAUCCUGUAAAUCCUGUCAUGCGUCCAUUCAUGCAGCAGCAACAGCAGCAGGCACAGCAGGCACAGCAGGGUCAGCUGGUGCAGCUGCAAGGCACGGAUCUUGCGAACCAAGGCCCGCCGGUUUUAGGUCUGGAUCGCGACGUGCCUCGUGCUUUCGCCGAUCAACUCCCGUCGCAGAUCCUUCCGGACGACGAGGAAGAGCUCUUCGCAGACAUCGCAGAGGAGUACGAACGACACCUGCGAUCGGAAGCCGUCGCCGCCGCCGCUGCUGCUGCCGCCGCUGCUGCUGUCGCGAGAUCCGAUUCGACCGGCGCAGCCCGUCGCGCGAGCAGCAGCAGGCGCGCGGGGGGGAGCGCGGGCAGCGGAAGGGGGGAAGGGGGAGGCGCGGGGGACGAUGGCGGGGAGGGGGAUGGCGCGGAGGGGGACGACGCGGCGGACGAUUUGUUCUGCAGCAGCGGAGGCAUGGAGCUAGAUCUCGACCCCGCCGACGGCAUGGCGCCGCAGGGAAGCUUCCGCCGCCUGCCGCUUCCGCGCGAUGCCUUUUCCGCCGCCGCUGCUGGUGGUGGUUCUGCUGCUGGUGCUGCUGGUACUCGCGGUGUUGCGCAAAGCGCGGUUCUCAAGGGGGCGGGUAGGGGCCAGGCUGCGGCUGCGGCGGGGAUGAUGGCGACGGUGGCGGUAGCGGCGUCCGCGUCCGCGUUCGCAGGCGCAGCGCAGGGCGCGGGGAGUGAGCAUCCGCGCGGGGAGCGGCCGUCGCGGACUCUGUUCGUGCGGAACAUCAACAGCAGCGUGGAGGAGGCGGAGCUGCGCGCGCUGUUUGAGCGCCACGGGGACAUCCGCACGCUGUACGUGGCGUGCAAGCACCGCGGGUUCGUGAUGGUGUCCUUCUACGACCUGCGCGCCGCCCUCGCCGCCAUGGCCGCGCUGCAGGGCACGCCGCUGCGCCGCCGCAACCUCGACAUCCACUUCUCCAUCCCCAAGGAUAACCCGUCGGACAAGGACGUGAAUCAGGGCACGCUGUUGGUGCCCGUCGCGACUGCAUCCGCCAACGCCACCACCAGCGGCGCCACUGCUGCCACCACGCACCACGACCUGCUCCGCAUCUUCUCCGCUUACGGCGACGUCAAGGAGAUCCGGGAGGCUCCGGGGCAGCAGCAGCAGCAGCAGCACAGGCUGGUGGAGUUCUACGAUGUGCGUGCUGCAGAGGCGGCGCUCAGGGCGCUCAACCGCAGCGGCAGCAGCAGCAGCAGCAGCAGCAGCAGUAGCGUCAACGGAGGCCCCACGGGGGUCACGCUCCACGCGACCCGCCCCGGGGACGCUCGCCGCAGUGCAUCCCGUGCCCCUAAUGACGCAGCUGGCCCCAUCUCCGUCUCUCUCCCGUCCUCCGACCGCCUCUGGCGCUCCCAGGGGGGAAGCGCGCACCAAGCUCCGCAUCUCCCCCCGUCCUCCCCCCAUGAGGCGGCCGCCGCCGCCGCAGCCGCCACCACAGUGGAGGUGGGGCGCGGGGGGCGCAUUCUCCCCCCGGGCGCCCCUCCCGCGUCCUCCCCCCCGCGUGCUGCGGACGGGGAGUCAGGUGCAGGCGUGAGAGCAGGUGUGGAGCUUUUAUACGGGCAUGGGGCUGAUAGGAGCGGAAGAGGUGGUAGGGGCGAUGGAAAGGGGAGUGAGGUUGAAGGAGGGGAAGGACAGGGAGGUGAGAAACCGCAGGGAACAGUGCAGCGAGAUGAGCAAGUGCUGGUUCAGAUGCAGCAACAGCAGCAGCAGCAGCAGCAGCAGCAGCAGCAGCAGCAAGAACAGCUGCAGCAGCAGCAGCAGUCGGCGCAAUUGUGGCAUCAGCAGCAGCAGCAGCGUCUGCUGCACCAUUCCAACUCCCUGCCAGACUACGGUCUCAAUGCUGCCGCCACAGCCUUCUCAUCUUCUUCCUUCUCCUCCUCUCCCUCUCCCUUCCUCGCGGCGAGUUCCGAGACGUCCCUUGGUGCCGUUGCCCGUGCUGUGCGUGUGAGUGGUGGCGGUGGUAGCUGGGCGAACAGUGAGUCUCUGCUUGUCAGCAGUAUUUUGGAGCAUGGGGAGCAGCAGCAGCAGCAGCAGCAGCAGCAGCAGCAGCAGCAGCAGCAGCAGCAGCAGCAGCAGCAGCAGGGAGGAGUAUCAGCACGGGGUAUGGAGCACCACAUUCAGCACCGGCAGCAGCUGCAGCAGCUGCUGCAGUUGCAGCAGCAGCAGGAGUUGCAGGAGCAGCGGCAGCGCCAUCAUCAGCAGCAGCAGCAGCUGGAGGAGCAGCUACGUGCUCUCACCUCCCACGCGCACCUCUCCUCAUCUCUCCCAGAGAAUGCCUUGUGGGGAGGGGGUCCCUCGUCUCUUCACCCCUCCCUGCCGCCAGCCCUACGCCCAGCCCUUCACGAGCAGCAGAUACAAUUGCACCACUACCAGCAGCAGCAGCUUCAUCAGCAGCAGCAACAGCAACAGCAACAGCAGCAGCAGCAGCAGCAACAGCAGCAACAGCAGCAGCAGCAGCAGCAGCACCAGCAGCAGCAGCAGCAGCGGUUGCCUGUGUCGCUCCUGACCUUAGCACAAUCCCUGAGCUUGCAAGCUUCAGCAGGAGCUGCAAAUCCCACGCUGCAAUCGCAGCUGCUCAACCAGCUUUCAUUCCAGCAGCAGCAGCAGCUAGGGCUGCCAGGGCUAGGGGCAGGUGGGGCGGACGCGUUAACAGGUGGCAGUGGAAGCAUGGGUAUGGGUUCGGAAAUGGGUGGGCUUGGUGCAAAGAUGGGCCGAGCUCACUCGUUUGGAGCGCUCGGUCACUCCUCACCAACCGUGGCUUCUGCUUCCUCUGCUACCACUGGUGCUGUUGGUGGCGCUGCUGGUGGUGCUGGUGGUGCUAGUGGUGGUGAUGCUGCUGCUGGUGGUGGCGGUUCUCAUGGGUUUUCGGCCCCUGCCCACCGUGCUGCAGACCCUUUUGCAAUGAAGAUGCAGUUGUACGCGCAGGCUCAAGCGCAGCAGCAGCAGCAACAGCAGCAGCAGCAGCAGCAGCAGCAGCAGCAGCAGCAGCAGCAGCAGCAGCAGCAGCAGCAGCAGCAGCAGCAGCAGCAGCAGCAGCAGCAGCAGCAGCAGCAGCAGCAGCAGCAGCAGCAGCAGCAGCAGCAGCAGCAACAACUACACCAGCAGCAGCAACAGCAGCUCCUCCUCUCAGGCUCACCCGACUCUUUCUCCUACGACAACCCUCUGCUAGGAAACGGGCUGCUGGGGAGUUCUGUCGGAGGGAGUGGAACGGGCAUGGGGGGCGGGCGGUUGGGUGUGAUGGCGGGAGCAGCAGCAGGAGGAGCGGGGGUGGGAGCAGGAGGAGCAGCAGUGGGAGCGGCGGUGGCUGGUAGUGGUCGUGUGGUGCAUGGGAUGGAUCAUUUCGGUUCUCUUUCUGGCUCGUUCUCGGCGGGCUCCUUUGCUGGUGCGCUGUCUAGCUCUCUUUCCGCCGCUGCUGCGAUGCAUCACGGUGUUGACACCACCUUUGGCCUCCAUUUUCCACCAGCAGCAGCAGCAGCAGGAGCAGGAGCGCCCAGAGCAGCGUCCCCUGCUGUUGAUUUCAACCCUGCUGCAGCAGCUGCGGCUGCUGGCUCUGCGGCAGCUGAUUUCAACGGCGCUGGGUUAGGUCUGGGUGUGCCGAGCCUGGUCUCCAGCUUGGCGUCGAGCCUGGGAUCUGGGCUCGGGAGAGGGUUUGGGUCGCAAUACGGGGUGGGAGGAAUAACCCCACCAGGUUUAUCCUCAGGUGUUUCGGCUAGCAGCAUGAGCCUGCGCGAGCCAGUUGGCAGCAUGGGCAGCAUGGGAAGCAUGGGAAGCAUGGAUAGAACCCGUGGGGGAGCAGGCGCAGUGGCAGCGGCUCUUAUGCUGGGGCUGGAGAGUGGUAUGGAGGGCACUCCUCCUUCUCCCAGUCUGCUGUCGCCUCACCUGAAGACCAGCGCCAGUGGACGGUCCUUGUCAGGGCUGGGAGGUGGGGAGAACGCUGGGAGGGUUGCAGGAGGGCCGGGAGGGGGAGGAACGGGUGGUGGUGGUGGCGGGGGGGGAGGAGGAGGGGCAGGGAUGGAAGGGUAUGGGGAGAGGAGUCGAGGGAGGAGGUCGGAGGGUGGGGGAGGCGGCGGGGGUGGGGGCGGCGGUGGGGAUGCGAAGAGGCAGUAUUUGCUGGAGGUGGAUCGGAUACUGCGAGGGGAGGACUCGCGCACCACGCUCAUGAUCAAGAACAUUCCCAACAAGUACACACAGAAGAUGCUGCUGGCAGCCAUUGAUGAGAAGCACAAGGGCACCUACGACUUCUUCUAUCUCCCUAUUGACUUCAAGAACAAGUGCAACGUGGGGUACGCCUUCAUCAACAUGAUGGACCCAUUCAAGAUCGUUCCACUCUACCAGAGUUUCAAUGGGAAGCGGUGGGAGAAGUUCAACAGUGAGAAGGUGGCCAACAUUGCGUAUGCGCGCAUCCAGGGCAAGCAGGCCCUCAUCGCCCACUUCCAAAACUCCUCGCUCAUGAACGAGGACAAGCGCUGCCGCCCCAUCCUGUUCCAGUCCCAGGGGCCAAACGCCGGCGACCAGGUGAGUGGCGGUGCUGGGAGGGAACCUCUUAGUUCCCACAUGUCUCCUUUCCUCUCCGUCCCUGCACCUCUGGUGCUGUUGUUCUGCAAGAGCUUGCAUUAUGAGCAAUGGGAGGUCAUAUCAGCCUUUUCCCCUCCGAGAUUGGCUGUCUUUGCCGGCUUCUUUUCCCCUCACUGA